CGAAGUAUAUAACGGACUCGUGUGUUCAUUUCCCGAGGGGAUUUCGUCAAUCUCACCGGAGCUUCGUUAUAGUCUCCGAUCGAUCUAUCUAUCUCUAUCUCACUUCUUUGUCAAUCGUCUUUUUUGGAUUCAAUCGAGGAAACUUAAAAUAUCUGGUAGAUGGCGGAUAAUGAGGAGGCAGAGCAAGCUACCUCCCGCGGAAAUGAGUGGGAAGUUGUGUCGCUCACAGCAUCAGCAUAUGCUGCUGCUCCUGGUCCAAAACACAUUGAAUUGAAUGACAAUGACAAGUCUAAUACGGGGGGAGGGGGAGAAGAUGAAGCGGAAACUUCACAUGCAAUGUUUAUGUCGGGUCACUUUGUCUUUCCACCAAGUCAGCAUGAGAAUUUGCCUUUGGAGCCUGAAAAUAUGGAGGUCCAUAAUACAAAGGAAGUUGAAGAUGUUGCUCCUGAAGUGGAUGUUGCGGAGGGGGUAACAUUGAAUGCAAAGGAUGAAGAAAACUGGAAUGUUAAAGAUUACACCAUGCCAGAGGAGUUUCCUGGAAUUCAGUUUUUUGACAAAAAGGGUAACAGGUUAUCUAUUCGCGGUACAGAGUUUGAGGAAGGGUCGACCCUGGAGGGGUUAAAUUUGACUGAUAAAGAGCAGAGUAUUUAUGAUGCAGCCAAAUUAAGUUCUUUUCACAGUGAAACGACCCUGAACAGGUCAACCACAUAUGAUGAGAACGCGAUGAGUUCUGAAUUAAUUGAACCUUCUGAUCAAGGCUUAGAUUCGGACAUCUCGCAAUUGGCAAAAAAACUUACAGAGGAAGAUAAAUAUGAUGAGUCUGAACUUCCUUGUGAAGCUUGGUGGAAGAGGCGAGCUACUUCUUUAUAUACUCAUGCAAAAGAAGCAAAUGCAUUUUGGUCUAUUUUUGUUGCUGCUGCUGUGAUGGGCCUUGUAAUUCUGGGGCAGCGAUGGCAGCAAGAAAGGUGGCAGGUUUUGCAACUUAAGUGGCAGGUCAACAUAAAUGAUGAGAAAAUUGGCAAGAUGUUGGGUCCCAUAUCUCGAUUCAAAGAUGUGAUUGUGGGUGGCAGUCGACGGGGUACUUUUGUCAGGAGCAGCUCCUCCACUGAGCAUUAAGAUGAUGACGAAAAGAGAGACAGAGAGAGAGAUGUGCUAGUUUGCUUUUAAGCGUGAUUAACCUAUUUUUCUUAUUAUUAAGCUACGGAGUUUCAUGUUAAUAUGUGGUUAUUACUAUGCUGAUGCUAUUAUUUUGUU